UGACCCGGAUGUUCACUCUUGGGCACCCGGGGAAGUGGAAGCGCCGGGCCCUGCUGCGGGGGGGAGAGCCACAGACGCUGGGACAGGGACUGCCGCCGCCGCCGCCACCAUGAGCGAUCAACAGCUGGACUGUGCCUUGGACCUAAUGAGGCGCCUGCCUCCACAGCAGAUCGAGAAAAACCUCAGUGACCUGAUCGACCUGGUCCCCAGUCUGUGUGAAGAUCUCCUGUCAUCUGUUGACCAGCCCCUGAAAAUCGCCAGAGACAAGGUGGUGGGCAAGGACUACCUUUUAUGUGACUAUAACAGAGACGGAGACUCCUAUAGGUCACCGUGGAGUAACAAGUAUGAUCCUCCUUUGGAAGAUGGGGCCAUGCCGUCUGCUCGACUGAGAAAGCUGGAGGUGGAGGCCAACAAUGCCUUCGACCAAUACCGAGACCUGUACUUUGAAGGUGGCGUCUCAUCUGUCUACCUCUGGGAUCUGGAUCACGGCUUCGCUGGAGUGAUCCUCAUAAAGAAGGCUGGAGACGGGUCAAAGAAGAUCAAAGGCUGCUGGGAUUCCAUCCAUGUGGUGGAAGUACAGGAGAAGUCCAGCGGCCGUACCGCCCAUUACAAGUUGACGUCCACGGUGAUGCUGUGGCUGCAAACCAACAAAUCCGGCUCAGGCACCAUGAACCUGGGAGGCAGCCUGACUAGACAGAUGGAGAAAGAUGAAACCGUGAGUGACUGUUCUCCACACAUAGCCAACAUUGGGCGCCUGGUGGAGGACAUGGAAAAUAAAAUCAGAAGUACACUGAAUGAGAUCUACUUUGGGAAAACAAAGGAUAUCGUCAAUGGGCUGAGGUCUGUGCAGACAUUUGCAGACAAAUCAAAGCAAGAAGCUCUCAAGAACGACCUGGUGGAGGCCUUGAAGAGAAAGCAGCAGUGUUAAACCUCUGCUUCACGCUAACCGGACAUGCCAUGCACUCGUUAGGUUCCUUUCUUAGAAAACUCGUUUUCUGCUCCUUUUCCCUCCUCCUUCCCUCCCCAAUGGGUCACGUAACAGUUUGCAUCGACCACGCAGCGCCAUCGCUCCCCAAGAAUAAAGCCCGAUAACCACCCUCCUCUGGCUCCAAGGCCCGCUUCCCACGACAUUUCCAUAGAGACCAUGUGUUUUUUUUUUUUUUUUUGUUUGCCUGGGCCCCGUCUUCCUCCCUGUCCCAUUUAUAAGCAUAUAUACUGUCAGCCACUUCUCCUCCCAUCUUUUUGUUACAUUGGUGUAAAAAAUGUAAAACAAAAACAUUUUAUGAACUAACUGGUGUGUGAGAGAGAAGAACUGGAAAUCAGAUUCCAUGUGUACUUGGGAGUUGCUUGGAGUUGGGGGCCGGGGGGACAGCAGACAGCUACGGAGGACAGAGAGGCGUCCUCCUCGGCACUGUCCUGCGCAGACGGUGGACGUGCCCACCCAAGGAGACCACAGUGGGGGUGGCGGCUGGCGACCGGCUGCGCUUCCGGCCAGGUGCUUUCCUGUCGAUUUUUAUGGAAUGCAAAAGGAGUUUUUUGUUUUAUUUUGGUUUUUUUUGUAAAGCUUAAACAAAAAAUCUACAUCUUCUACUUGAGCCUCCAUACUUAAAAAAAAGGAAAAAAAAAGAACAAAAAAAUAAAUAAAAAGAAACUGGGACACAGUUA